GAUGGACGACAAACUAUACGAAUUGUUCCAAAAAACACUGAUAGAAAAUUCGAAUGUGAAUAUCUAGAAGAUUGUAUAAGGAUAAGCAAGAGUGAUCCAAUAGAAUACUCAACCAUUAGGUUAAAAAAAUGAGGCCAUUUCAAUAAAGGAUGUUUAGAAGAAGUUGGAAGCCAUAGAAAAGAAUUUAAUGAUACAGGAUUCAGCCAGGAAAAGAAGAACAUCUCGUUAUCAUUCUAAAAAGUGUAGCAUUAAAAUUAAUACUCAAAAUGGGUCGAAUUCUCCAUCUCCAUAUUAAUUGGAUUUUGAAGAUGCAAAGGAUUACGAAGUUGAUAUUUUAAGAAAGGAGAAUCAGAGAUUAUAAGUAUGACUAAAGUAAUUAAAUAGGAACGCUUAGAAUAGUUGAAAUCAUAAAAUGGGGAUGAUAAUUCAGAGGAUUUGAAUCGUGAAAGAGAGAUUCUUCAAAAGAUGAAAAAGGAUUACUAAAUUAAAGAUGAUGAAUUGAAGAUAUUAAAUAACAAAUUAGAUCUACUGGAAAUUGAUUUAAAUAAGAAACAUUCACAACUAUUACAGAGAUCUAAAAAACUGGAAGUGUAACAAUAGACUCUAUAAAAGAAUGUAUAUUAUUAGAUGAAUAAUAAUUAGGAAGAACAAAUCAAAGAAAAGAGAGAUUGCAUUGAUGCAUUACAACAACAAAUCAAUCUAAAUAUUUCUUAAGUGAUCUCACUGAAUAAGUUUUAAUUAUUAUAAUAUUUUUAGAAAUGAAUUAAAACUAAAAUUACCACAGAAACUGGGAGUCCAAUUAGAUGUAAUUGAACAACUCAUUUUAUCAACUUUUAAAGAAAGACAAGUAGCUUAACAAGAAUAUCUAUGUUUAAGAUAAUUGAAGAAUGUUGUUAAAGAUCAAUAAAAAGAAUUAUUAAAGAAGAUCUAAAUCUGAAUAACU